UAUUUACUGAUUUUGACCGACGGGCACACUCUCAACUCUCAAGAAGUAACUCUCCUCAAUGUCCCCCGCUAGCACCGCCGCUGGCGGUGGCCCAAACCACCGCUCCACCGCUCCCCUCUCUCUGAAAACCGAAACCAAGCCUCUGCCCUUGAACGCAGCCGAGAUGAUUGACCCCUUAGCCUCAUCCUCGUCGGGCCCGAUUCGCGUGGACGGAUUCGAGCACGACGCCGCCCUAUCCAAUUCGGAGUUCUUGACCCGAUCCGAAGUCCUCAAUCGCCGAUCCCGCAGGGUGAAACAGCUCGCUCGGAUUUACCGCGACCACUACUGGGCGUUAAUGGAGGAGCUAAGGUUGAAGUACAGGGAGUAUUAUUGGGAUUACGGGAAAAGCCCUUUUGCGGAAGAUGAGGACGACGAGAAGGUUAAUGCGCACCGUGGGGAUUGCGCUGCCUUACCUGGUGAAAAUGUGAAUUUAGGGGUAAACGGUGGUGGUAAGGUUAGCGGUAGGUGUGAGGUCCAUGGGUGCAAGGCCAAGGCCAUGGCAUUAACGAGGUUUUGCCAUAUGCAUAUAACGUCUGAUGCCAAGCAGAAGCUUUACGAGAGUUGCACUUUCUCUAUAAAGAGUUCCACCACCGGACCAAUACUCUGCGGGAGGCCGUUAAUGAAAUCGACAGUCCCUUCAUAUUGCCCUAUGCACUUCCAAAAGGCAGAGAACCAUAUGGUGCGUGCUCUCAAGAAAGCUGGUCUCAACGUGUCCUCGACGAGCAAGCUCACCCCAAAGCUCCAUGUCAUAGUCGCAGAGUAUGUCCGCCAGAUCCAGAACAAGAGACGGGCUGCAAAAAAAGCCAAUCUUGAAAUUAAGGAGGAAACCAACUCGUGAUGCUUGAUUUCACGGUUGUAAAAGUUGAUAUAGAAUAUACAUUCUUUGGUUCCUUGAGCAAACGCGUGUUUAAGCUGCAAAUUUGAAAUCAAUAUUUGGUGUGUAUCAAUGGAUUGUAGAACCUUGCGGACUAACUUGAGUUUAAUAUGAGUCUUGCACAUAUUAGAGUUGCAAUCUGCGGGUUGAAGUUUUCUCUUAUCAUUAUCGCUUUAGCUCAGCCUUUCCACAGUCUGGG